GGGGAUCCUUCAGUGGGAGAUGGUGGAGUUGCGUACCACGUGUUGACCGUAGAGGACUUGCCGUGAGCGCACAAUCGGCUUGUUUGAACUUCCCGGGAUAGAUAUAGAAGUCGAGGAAUCAGCUGUGCGUCGAGUAGACGAGCUGGGUGUGAGUGAAAUUACCCUGUCGUUUUUUUCUCUCUGUUCUUUUUCUCAUCUUCCUUUCCUGGGUAUUCUCCCAUCCUAUAACUCUGACAUAACCCCAACCCCUUGUAUUCACUGAGAUGGUUGCGUCAAUACACGGGCUCAGAAGUGCCCACGUGGCCGCGUAGACACGCAAAGAAGCGCAGACAAACUCACACACACACACAGACACACACACASAGAGAGAGAGAGAGAGAGAGAGAGAGAGAGAGAGAGAGGUAUUGCCUUGGUUUGUGCAAUGAGGGGGGAAGGCGGCAGAUCGGAGACGGGUAGACCGCGAACUAACGAGGAGGUAGCAGUGAAUAUUGGUAGUGGGCCGCCUGUCGGUGCCUCUCCUAAAGGCAGUGGCGCACCUCCACCGGGAUUCGCCCAAGGUGACUUCGACGAUAAAACAGCUUACACUCUGACAUUUCAGAACCUGACAUACAAGGUGACCGUGAAGCAGAGCAGCGGUGAUGGAGGCAAGACACAGAGGGACUUGUUGAAGAACAUCAGCGGCGAGGCUCGUCAUGGGGAAAUCUUGGCCAUCGUGGGUCCAUCGGGAGCGGGGAAGUCCACACUCCUCGAUGCGCUUGCUGGUCGGAUCACGGCCUCAAGUCUGGAGGGCGUUAUUCUGGCCAAUGGCAAGCCUGUGGACGGCAAGCAGUUCCGCAAGCUCUCGGGGUACGUUAUGCAAGAUGAUGCCCUGUUUCCGCAUCUCACAGUGAAAGAGACGUUGCUGUUCAGCGCUCGUCUCCGGCUUCCUGGGGACAUGCCGAUGGACGUGAAAGCGGCGCGCGUCGACAUGCUUAUCGCGACGUUGGGUCUUCGUGACUGUGCGGACACACGGAUAGGCAACGAGCAAGUCCGUGGGGUAUCAGGCGGAGAGAGGAGGCGCGUCUCCAUCGGUGUGGAUCUGAUCCAUGACCCCGCCGUUCUGUUCCUGGACGAGCCGACGUCUGGACUGGACAGCACCUCGUCCCUGAACGUGGUCCAGAACUUGUACCAGAUUGCGACCAAUCGCCGGCGCACCAUCUUGAUGACCAUUCACCAGCCUAGCUUUCGCAUCCUGGAGCUUAUCCACAAGUUCAUGAUCUUGUCACGUGGCUCCUUGGUGUACAGCGGUACUUAUCCUGACCUGUCGAUCUUUCUGACCGACUACGGCAGACGCGUUCCCGACCAUGUCAAUGUGAUGGAGUUCGCUCUGGAUCUGAUCGAGGAGCUGCAGGACUCGCCGCAGGGGAUUGCUCGCCUGGCCGAGUUCAACUCUACCAGAUCCAAGAUGCAGUCUUCGUUGUCCAGCUUGAGCAAUGUCGGACAUCUGGCCGACGACGUAGACUACGCCACAGGUCCGUUGAUGGAGACGUUGACUCUCUGCCACCGCAACGUCGUAAACAUAGUUCGGACUCCGGAGUUGUUCGUGUCUGGGCUAGGACUGAUGAUCGUGACGGGAUUGGUUAUGGGAUCGCUUUUCUAUAACGUGGAGAACAACGAGAGUGGUACGUCCGACAGGAAGUCCUUCUUUGCCUUCGCCUGUGCCCUGCUGCUGUUUGGCGCCGUCAGCGCGCUGCCCGUUUUCUUGCUGGAAAGGAACAUUUUCAUGCGGGAGACGAGCCGAGGAGCCUAUCGCACUUUUUCCUACGUGGUUGCCAACGGUGUGGUUUUCCUCCCCUUCUUCUUCAUCCAGGCCUUGCUGUUUACUCUGGCUUCUUACUUCUUGGUCGGGCUUUCUCUUGAACCUGCUGCCUUUUUCCUCUUCACCACCACCAUCUUCCUCACCAUCACCGUCGGCAAUACGUUCGUCACGUUCUUGAGCUCUCUGGUGCCCGACUUCAUCGCCGGCAACACCAUCAUCACUGCCAUCACUUCUUUCUUUUUCCUCUUCUCUGGGUUCUUCAUUCCUAAGGCCGACAUUCCCGACUACUGGAUCUGGUUCCACUACCUCUCCACGUUCAAGUACCCGGUAGAAUUGCUGCAGAAGAUCGAAUACAGUCACAUCGACAAAUGGGGCAACGGGACCUCUGGCAGCGACGAAGCCCGAAAAUUGGGUUUGGGGGGUGUGAGUGUCAGAGUCAACCUUGCCGUGCUUGUAGCGAUGGUGGUUGUGUAUAGGAUCCUCUUCUACGUUGGUCUUCGUGUGAGGAGCUCCAACAUGCGCAAGUAGCUGUACAGUUUUACAAAGAUCAACUCCUUUUCUUUUCUUUAUGUCCAUCUCCUUUUUCUCUUUGGCGGGAAGGGGGGGUCGUUUGUGUCCCCCCCCUCCUCCUUCCUGCCUGUAUCUCUUUUUCUUUGGCGGGAGGGGGUCGUUUGUGCCCCCCCUUCCCCCCCUCCCCCCUUCCUGCCUGUAUCUCUCUUUUUCUUUGGUGGGAGGGGGUCGUUUGUGUCCCCCCCCCCUCCCUCCUGCUUGUAUAUUACUAGACUAGAUCUUCUCUUGUUUUCAUUGGUCUUCGGUGCGACACGAGGAAGUAGUGAAAUUUCACAAGUUUUUACUCCUUUAUAACGUCACAUCACCCCAAUUAUUGUGGCCAUGGCCACAUUACUUGUCGCUCUUAACAACCAACUUCAACUUGUUCUGAGACUGAGUACAGCAAUUGUCCGAAAACGGUGUGCUGUUUCUCUCUGCGAUUGGACACUACUUUGGAUGCACUCUUCUCUCGAGUGAGUUAUUCGCGGGCAGGGUUGGCUGGUGUUGGUUGUGACAUGACGCAUGGUGGGGUCAUCCUGUCCAUGGGAUGAUGACCGGGCUUCGACGGUUGGACUGUCGGAUGGCACCGGACUUGUUCCAGGUCCCGAGGACCAGGGACCGUAUCACCGCGGACCCAGGCCGGCAGCAGCAGCAGCAGCAGCAGCAGGGAUCUACUUCAUCUACGAACUGAGUCACUCUGCGCACCUUUCCAGUCCCUAGGUAACUCACUGGCUGCUUGGGAUCGAUGAUCAAGAAGGAGGUUGGAAGGACAAUGAAGGGCUAAACAGGCUCGUGUGGCACAUCCAGGGUUGCGGUUUUUCAGAGGAUUGGUGCCUAUCACAGGGGGGACCAGAAGGAAGACGAGACACCCUCACCCAGGACGGACAAUGCUAGGGUUGCGGUUUUUGAGAGUGUUGAUGCCUAUCACAGGGGGGACCAGAAGGAUGAGGAGACUCACCCAGGACGGACCAUGCGAGGGUUGCGGUUUUUGAGAGGAUUGGUGCCUAUCACAGGGGGGACCUGAAGGAAGAGACGGACCAUGCUAGGGUUGCGGUUUUUCAGAGGAUUUGUGCCUAUCACAGGGGGGACCAGAAGGAAGAGGAGCCUCGCCCAAGACGGACCAUGCUAUUUUUGCGGUUUUUGAGAGGAAUGGUGUCUAUCACAGGGGGGACCAGAAGGAAGAGGAGACUCACCAAGGACGGACCAUGCUAGGGUUGCGGUUUUUUGAGAGGGUUGGUGCCUAUCGCAGGGGACCAGAAGGAAGAGGAGACGCACCCAGGACGGACCAUGCUUUCAGAGGGUUGGUGACUAUCACUAGGGUACCAGAAGAAAGAGGAGAGUUACCCUGGGCGGAUCACACUUUUGCUGGCCCUCCGGGCGCUUGACCCGGAAGCCCACACACGGUAGAUGUGGCCAGUGCUUGGCCGGUCACUGCAGGCUGUGGCCCUUCUCUCGCCGGCCCUUCUGGAGCUCGACCUGCCGCCGCAGUCAGAGCGUA